UGCAGGUUGCAAGUUUAUAGAGGAAACGCGGAAGCAAAGGGAACAGUAGAUAGAUAUAGAUAUAUAUUUAAAGUAGAGCCGGACAUUGAAUGAUGAAACCACUGCUGCGACCGAGUGGUAGCUUGAAACUUCAAAGAGGCUUUCCUGCCCUGCAGAGAUGAGCGCAGAUAAGGAUGGACAGCUUUGCAGGCCUCCGGAUGGGAGAAAGACUGUCCUCGCUGCUGCUGAGGGAAAUGAGAACAAACCGACUGGGCCAAAACCAGUUCCGGAAAGGCAGGUUUGCACCAGCCCCGGCAUUGCAACUCUUACAGACAAUACUAAGCGAUUUAAGCUAAGUAGCAGCCAGGCCACCCAAGAAAGCCCUGGGAUGUCACAGCCAAUGGCGAGGAAGGCAACUGGUCCUUCCAUUACCGCAGAAGAGAAGCGGAAAAAAAGUAUUUUUGGUAUACAGUUUUCUAAAAACAAAAAGGAAAAAUGCACUCCUCAUGACAAAAUGUCUUCCAUAAGUUCAAGCAUGAGCUACAAAGGGAGCCCUGCAAUGACCGUCAAAGAAGAUGGCGACAAUUGCACAAAGAGGAUCCAGACAGAGGUCUCAAAAGUAUCUCGACCCCACCAAGAUAAUUCUCACAGAAGUAAAGAAAACCUACCUGCCUCGCUCAUCACUUCCCCAAUGGAAUCGUCUGUAGACUACGAGGAGGACAUGUACCGUGAUGCGGAAGAAAUAGAGAGAGAAAAAGUAUUGCUUGUGUGUGGGACAGGCUCCUCAGAUUUUCCAGAAAAUAAGCUAAGUGUUGAACCAGAAGUCGGCAUCAUGGAUUAUUGUCAAAAAGAAUGGAGAGGAACCACCUCGCAAGCCAAAUGUAUAAGGAAGGGCUACGAAGCAGUUUCACAGAAAUUUAUUUCGAUAAGGAGAGUGCGAGGGGAUAACUAUUGUGCCGUCAGGGCGACGCUGUUUCAAGCCCUUAGCCAAGCUGUUCAGAUUCCUGCCUGGCUGAAGAGAGAGGACAUGAUGUUGCUCCCAGAGAAACUGAUGGAGAAAUACGGCUGGAUCGCGCAAUGGAAGCUCAGGCAAAAAUGGACCAGCAAAGUUGAAAACUUGGUGGAUGAAAUUAAAGACUGUUUAAUGCUACUAAAAAGCAAGUGGAAACGUAUGAGUGAAAUGAAAGCCCUCGCCGAGAGGCAAGUGGCUUGCGACGAGCUUUUCAGAAGUGAGGAGGACGAAUACAAACUCUACGAAGCUGUGAAAUUUCUCAUGCUCAAUACGGCAAUCCAUUUGUACGAAGACAACGAGAAGGGGAAGGAGGUCCCCGUUUUCGCCUGGCUUCUCUUUGCCCGGGAUACAUCCAGGAAUCCUUCCCAACUGAUGGAAAACCACCUGAAUCAACUCGGUCACACGGGAGGCCUUGAACAAGUGGAGAUGUUUCUCCUGGCUUACGCCCUUCAACACACCAUCCAGGUCUAUCGACUCUACAAGUACAACACAGAUGAAUUCAUCACUCUUUACCCCAACGACCCAGAAGAGGCCUGGCCAAUUGUAACCCUUAUAACUGAAGAUGACAGACAUUAUAAUAUUCCUGCUCGAGUGUGCGAAGAGACUAGUUUGUAAAAAAACAAAAAACAAAACAGGUCAAUUCCUCAGGUGAUGGUGCAGUAAACUUUCUGCUUGUCCGUAAUAAGCCUCAUGGGAACUGCACUUCAGGUCUAAGGGCAAAGAUACAUAGCACGAAGCAAACAUGGGGUACCCAACUAAAAUGGGGGCCAUUUGCAGGGGUAUUUAGAAGACCAGAGGUGAGGGAACAAUCCUGCCCUGCUCCUUUCCAUUCUACUUGCAAAUGCCAUUCUCAGCCAUGAAUUUAUUGUGGUUUUCCCCUUCAAAGCUGGGCUCCAUAACUGGAAGCGAAGCACCAGCAGAUGUUUGGGUGGGUGUCAAGGGGAGCCUUGGCCAACACACAAAAUCCCUCUCAAAAUACCUUCCUUGCCUUUGUAUUCACAUACAUAUAUGAUGGGCAGAAGCAUGUCCCUGAACAUUGAUGGAUGUCCAUCUUGGGAGUUCAGAAGACUCAAGGUUCUCAAGCACAUCUCCACAGGGACUGAGACCAACAAAAGAGAUGACUUUGACAAAUGCAUUGUGACUUUUCAGGAUUCCCCAUGUGAGAGCAGGCUCCUAUGCUUCUCAAAAACAUUUCAUGAUGGCCAAGAGGAGAUCCUGUGCAAGGAGCAACAGCCGGAAAGCGGCGGAAGCAUGACCAAUCUGUUUGAGAUCUGACUUCCCAGCUUCACCUGCUCAUUAACUUACAAAGCCACAAACAGUAAUUUAUCCUUAAGUUCCUUCCUCUGUAUUCUGCUACUGAGAUAUACUAAGUCUCUGAGCAAUCUGCAAACCAGCUUUCGUUGAGUUGGGCUCUUGUCCCAUCAAACUGCUACACAUUUUCAAAAAUAAAACAAUUGUGUACAGUUGUACCUUGGACGGAAUCCAUUCCGGAAGUCUCUUCGACUUCCAAAAUGUUUGGA